GCCGCUUCCUCACACAUGAAGAUGUACGUGCAAAGGGCUCUGGUGCUGCUCUCCCUGCUGAGCUUCGCUACCGUGAGCCUCUCGCUGUCGUCCUGCACCACCUUGGACCUGGACCACAUCAAGAAGAAGAGGGUAGAGGCCAUCCGAGGGCAGAUCCUGAGCAAGCUGCGGCUCACCAGCCCGCCGGAGACCGCGGGGCCGGCCCAUGUGCCCUACCAGAUCCUGGCCCUCUAUAACAGCACUCGGGAGCUGCUGGAGGAGAUGGAGGAGGAGAAGGAAGAAAGCUGCUCUCAGGACAACACCGAGUCAGAAUACUAUGCCAAAGAGAUUCAUAAAUUUGACAUGAUCCAGGGCCUCCCCGAACACAAUGAGUUGGGCAUUUGUCCAAAAGGUGUCACCUCCAAUGUGUUCCGCUUUAAUGUGUCGUCAGCAGAGAAGAACAGCACCAACCUAUUCCGGGCUGAGUUUCGGGUGCUGCGCGUGCCCAACCCAAGCUCCAAACGCAGUGAGCAGCGCAUUGAGCUCUUCCAGAUCCUUCGGCCAGAUGAGCACAUAGCGAAGCAGCGGUACCUCAGCGGCAGGAAUGUGCAGACACGGGGCUCCCCUGAGUGGCUGUCCUUCGAUGUCACCGAGACCGUGCGUGAGUGGCUCCUGCACAGAGAGUCCAACCUUGGCCUGGAAAUUAGCAUACACUGUCCUUGCCAUACUUUUCAGUCCAACGGGGACAUCUUGGAGAAUUUGCAUGAAGUCCUGGAGAUCAAGUUCAAAGGCAUUGACAGUGAGGAUGACUAUGGCCGCGGGGACCUGGGCCGCCUGAAGAAGCAGAAAGACUUGCAUAAUCCCCACCUCAUCUUGAUGAUGUUACCCCCACAUCGACUGGAGAGCCCCGUGUUGGGAAGCCAAAGAAAGAAACGGGCCCUGGAUACCAACUACUGUUUCCGGAACCUGGAGGAGAACUGCUGUGUGCGUCCUCUGUACAUCGACUUCCGACAGGACCUCGGCUGGAAAUGGGUCCACGAGCCCAAGGGCUACUUUGCUAACUUUUGUUCAGGCCCUUGUCCGUACCUCCGCAGCGCAGACACCACUCACAGCACGGUGCUGGGUUUAUAUAACACGCUGAACCCUGAGGCAUCUGCUUCGCCCUGCUGUGUUCCCCAGGACCUGGAGCCACUCACUAUCUUGUACUAUGUUGGGAGGACCCCCAAAGUGGAGCAGCUCUCCAACAUGGUGGUGAAAUCCUGCAAGUGCAGCUGAAAGAACCCCUGGCCCACCCAAAGCCAAGGAAAAAACUGUCAGCACCCACUCUCCUGCUCCCAGGCUAACACAAAGAGAACUGGGGGUCAGAGACUACGCAUGCUGAGGGCCAAGUGCCAAACCUUGAGAGUCUGGCAGCCCUUGGGGAUUUCUUCUGGAACACUCCUUGGUCGUCUUGGCAGUGUAAUGUUCCUUCUAGGAAGUACUUUGGUGACACAAAGGCCACACUCUCCAAAAUGGCUGGACAGUUGGUGCAGAAGAAAAGGAUAAUGUGGAAGAACUGCAGUGUAUUUGAAUGCUAGGUGGUUGAGAUGGGAAAGCAAGAGAAUGAGAAAGCAGAUGAAAGGAAGAAUGGAAAAGGGGAGAUGUUUUCUAUUCUUGCUUUAGCUAUCUUAAGACCUCAGCCCUCCCCAUUAGCCUGAAGUAUUAAAGGUUUUCCCUGUAGGAGGAAUUUUUGAAGGUUUCCUUAGAGAAGGAAAAUGCACCAAGCAGGGAAGCUGCUAAGAGAAGUGCUCAGAGAUAAAUUUAAGACUUUUGUUCCUCAGAGCUGUGCUCCAGGAGUCCUGCAACUGAAACUGUGUCUGCAAAAACCUCUAAGUUCAGUUGACAGAUCCUGGCUAUUGGGUUCCAAAUGCAAACUGCAAGGCUCCCAGUCAGCCUACCGAGGGUGGGCAAAUACAAGGAAAGAGGGUGCUGAGUCCAUUUUCAGAGUGACUGAAGUCUCCAUUCAGCUCUUUUAGCUUCCUGGAGUUUCUAAGAGAUGAUUUCAGGGUCAGAGCAGGAGCAUCUGUGGGUACCUGAAUACUGGGCCUAUUCAUUUGUGAUCUGACACACCCUGAGGACCUCUUGUCUGUUGUGGUUUGUGAGGUGCUUUGGGGUGUCUGCACCUGUUCUGCAUGAUGACCUGAACUUGGUCUCACCUGCCAAGACUUAAAAAAUAGUAAUCUCAAAAACUUUGUAAAAAAUAAAUA